AUGCGUUUCAAUCAUCUCCUCGUCAUUGGUGUCGUCUCAGCCACGGAUGAUCCGUGUUCUCAGAUGUGCGAAUAUAUCAACGGCUGUAAUGAUUCCAAGUUCGGAUCGUACUGUAAGUCAUGGCUGAAUAGCCCCGUCUGCUUUGGUCUGUCGAAAAAGACCGAUGGUUCUAUUUGUUUCGAGCCGGCCGACCCUGACUGUCACGGCGAACCUAUCGCCUGCGAUACAGUGAAUACUCCGGUAGCCACUACUGCUGCUGCUCGUCCAAGUACUACCACUGAAGCCAUUGGUUCGAGUAAUACCAGGGGUAUCGGCUUAAAUAGUACCACUGAGGCCGUUAGUUCUUCCACUGGCACUACCACUAAUACCGUCGAUUUCUCCACUGCCACCAUCACUGAGGCCAACAGCUCUCCUAGUACGACCACCGAGGCUGGUUCCAGUGCGACUAGCGAGAACAGUUCUUCCAGUGCAACUUCUACGACCGAUUCUUUGAGCACUACUACUGUCGAAGCUGGCGGUUUCUCCAGUACCGUCGCCGGUUCUACUACAGGAGCCCUCGGUACCACUACCACUACCGGAGCCAUCGCUUCGACUACCAGUUCAGAAGCCAUCGCUUCGACUACCACUACUGGAGCCAUCACUUCGACCACCACCAGUGGAGCCAUCACUUCGACCACCACCACUGGGGCUAUCACUUCGACCACCACCACUGGGGCCAUCACUUCGACCACCACCACUGGGGCCAUCGCUUCGACUACCACCACUGGGGCCAUCGCGUCGAGUGCCUCUACUGGGGCCAUCUCGUCGAGUACCUCUACAGGGGCCAUCGCUUCGACCACCACCACUGGGGCCAUCGCAUCGAGUACCUCUACUGGGGCUCUCGCUUCGACUACCAGUACAGAAGCUAUCACUUCGACUACCACAACUGGAGCCAUCACUUCGACCACCACCACUGGGGCCAUCGCAUCGAGUACCUCUACUGGGGCUCUCGCUUCGACUACCAGUACAGAAGCUAUCACUUCGACUACCACAACUGGAGCCAUCACUUCGACCACCACCACUGGGGCCAUCGCUUCGACUACCACCACUGGGGCCAUCGCGUCGAGUGCCUCUACUGGGGCCAUCUCGUCGAGUACCUCUACUGGGGCCAUCGCUUCGACCACCACCACUGGGGCCAUCGCAUCGAGUACCUCUACUGGGGCUCUCGCUUCGACUACCAGUACAGAAGCUAUCGCUUCGACUACCACUACUGGGGCCAUCACUUCGACCACCACCACUGGGGCCAUCGCUUCGACCACCACCACUGGGCCCAUCGCUUCGACUACCACCACUGGGCCCAUCGCUUCGACUACCACCACUGGGGCCAUCUCGUCGAGUACCUCUACUGGGGCCAUCGCUUCGACCACCACCACUGGGGCCAUCUCGUCGAGUACCUCUACUGGGGCCAUCUCGUCGA